AUGGAUGUUAACCUGAAGAGGCCAAUUUCGGACGAGGAAUCUACACAUUCCAUCCCUACAUCUGUAGCUAUCGCUAUAACACCCCAAACCCCCGAAAAAAUCGCAUGGAGGAUGUGCAAAUUCACCAACCCUGCCAGAUCAGACAAACUUGUCCUAUCUCACUGGGAAAGAAUCAAUGUUAGUUCAAAAGCCGUCUCUAAUGAUGAAGUUCUACCUGUAUAUGAUGAACAAAACAUCGUUAGACAUGAAUAUCGCUUUGCAAAGUUCAAUCCAGUCAUCAAAGUAUACCGCUACUCUGACGAAUUCUACAAUUCCCAUCUCAAGGAUGAUUUGGGGGAUUGGACCCGCGCUGAAACCGAUUGGUUAAUGGACCUUUGUGAAACGUUUGAGUUGAAAUUUGUUAUAAUACACGACAAGAUUAAACAAAAGAUGCCAGUGACAAUGGAGCAGGUCAAACAGAAAUAUUAUUCUAUCGCAAAGAAGCUAAUGGAGCAUACAUUUGAGGAAAGGAUACGUGCUGAAGCGUCAAAGUACAAAUCAUUAAAUCACCCGGCAGUUGUUAGCAUCAAGGAGGAGCGUAAUCGUCAUCCCAUGAUCAAAUAUACUUAUAAUUACGAGCAAGAUAGGGAGAGACGUAACAUGUUUGAUCGCCAAUAUCGCAUUAGUCCUGAAUCUCGUCAGAAGGAAGUUGAUUUGGUUGAGGAGAUUACGAAAUUGGAAUUGAAAAUUAGGAAGGAGGAGAAGAAGCCUUUUGAAUUGAAGCGCCUGAAGAAGAAGUUUGGAGUGAACCAGGAAGAUAUUAUUCCCACCAUCCCAUUGCACUCAAUACGCCCAUCAAAAGGCGCCUCAUUAGCCAGCGCAUGUGUUGCGAAUCACAAGGCAAAACUCACACCUAAGAAUGAUGAAACUAUCAACAAAAUACUGGAAUCAAUGAACAUUCAGCCUCCUAUUGUGUCCUCAUUGGCAGCUAAUGAAUUAUAUUGUUUAAUACGUUCUGAUGCUGGAAUAUUGUCCAAUAUAAGAAACAAAGUUGAGUCAUUGAGUAAGGAAUUGGAGCACUGGAAGGCAAUCGCAGCCGCAAGUGACCAUAAACAUAUGCAUUUAUCGCUUCACCCGCCAGCACAUGGAUCAUUGGGUGGAAUUGAGGCUAAUUUUGCCCCGAUGACAGCACCAUUACAGCCGUUGACCAUAAAAACUCCAGAACCAGCCUUUGACUAUACAUAUCUAACACGUAUUGAUCCACGCACUGAUGCUAAUAAGCCAGAUUUGCCUAGAACUGAGGCUGUAAGACAGGAAAGAGAUGUGGCUUGCCUUGCUGGUGGCGGAUUUUAUCCAUCACCUGCGGAUAGGUCCAAAGUAUCAGUGCCAUCACCACAAUCUUCUACAGCUUCCAAUCAGUCCACGCCCCAAUCACAAUCUCUACCCCAGCAAUUGCCUCAAUCUCACACAAGUGGUACUCAUCCAGGAAUGCAGUUUAAUUACCCUCCUGGUAUACAAAACGCAUACGGUAUGAAUGCAGGAAGCGGAAUUAACAACAUGGGCAAUGGAAUGAAUAUGCAACAAAUGUACUUUCAGCAUAUGCACCAAAAGCGGUUGCUUAAGGUUAAUCCCGACCGCGCUGCCUCUAUGAUGAUACCUCAAAACCAGCUCUUAUCGCCAAACAAACUUUCCUAUCACAUAUCUCCCUCCUUAGGUCAUUUACCUUCACACAUACCUCCGAAACAUAUCAUGGAGGCUAGACAUAUGCCCCAAAUUCAUCCACACACGCAGCACCAGCAGAUGCAGCAACAGGGUGCUCAUUUCGGGGGUAAGAUGCCUCCCCUACACCUACAACAACAAUUUAUACACGGUUCGUCGAUGCAAUCGCCCAAAAUUAUUCCACCUGGGCACAUACAGCCUUCAUACAUUCCACCUUUAUACUUGCCUCCCCCUGAUAUGCUCCAGAAUUCUUUUCAUCCCAAGCACUCACACCCACUCACCCCGCAGCAGCAUCAUCACCAACAGCAACAGCAAAUAGGGCGGCAAAUGCAAUUCAAAAGUUUUCCUGGGAAUCUUUUUCCUCACCAAAAUUUUCACCCAGGAACUCUUCCUGGUAAUCAUCAGGGCAAUAUCUCUGGCCCUGCCAAUAAUUCGGUCGGAAACAAUCUUAACAGGCAAAAUGAGGGAUAG